ACACACUUAGGAUGCUGCAGUCAUCCAUUUUUGCUUUGUGCCAUGUCACUGUGUUUUUUCUUCACUUAUGUGAAGCUGAAGACUUCAAAUGGACAGAUGAUCACCACAGUUCUUUCUAUUACAGCACUUUUCCAACUGGUUUUCUGUGGGGUGUUGGAAAUUCAGCUUAUCAAACAGAAGGAGCCUGGAACAAGGAUGGAAAAGGCUUGAGUAUAUGGGAUGCAUUCACCCAUAAGAAGGGGAAGGUGUACAUGAAUGAGACAGGGGACUCCGCAUGUGAAAGCUACUACAAAAUCAAGGAUGAUAUUGCACUGCUGAAUGAGCUGAAGGUUAAUCAGUACCGAUUUUCCAUUUCAUGGCCUCGGAUUUUACCCACUGGAAUAAAAUCAGACCAUGUGAAUGAAAAAGGAAUUGAGUACUACAAUAAUCUAAUAAACACCUUGUUAAAGAACAACAUCACCCCUGUUGUGACACUUUAUUACUGGGACCUUCCUCAGGUACUGCAGGAGAAGUAUGGAGGCUGGCAGAAUAUUAGCAUGGUGAUGUAUUUCAACGACUAUGCCAACCUGUGUUUUGAGAGAUUUGGGGAUCGUGUCAAGUACUGGAUCACCUUUAAUGACCCAUGGUCCAUUGCUGUAUUAGGGUAUGAAACAGGAGAGCAUGCUCCAGGCAUGAAGCUUCCAGGAUAUGGCGCAUACAAAGCCGCUCAUCACAUUAUUAAGGCUCACGCAAAAGUCUGGCACUCAUACAACAACUUGUGGCGCUCCAAACAAAAAGGUAUGGUUGGCAUUUCUCUAACCAGCAACUGGGGUGAACCUGUUGACAUAACAGAUCAAAAAGACAUUGAUGCUUCUGAGCGAUAUAUGCAGUUCUAUACUGGAUGGUUUGCAAACCCCAUUUUUAAAGGAGACUAUCCAGGGAUCAUGAAAGAUUACAUAGGUAAGAAGUCUGCACAACAGGGCCUGAGUAGCUCAAGGUUGCCAACCUUUUCAACACAGGAGAAAACCUAUAUAAAAGGAACGACUGACUUCCUAGGAAUUGGGCAUUACACAGCUCGAUAUGUUACUCAUAAGAUCUAUCCUCUCAGUCAAGGAAAAUAUCAUACAGAUCAUGAUGUGAUGGAAUUUGUGGAUCCACAAUGGCCAAAUUCAGGUUCUGACUGGCUAUAUGCAGUCCCGUGGGGACUUCGAAGAUUGCUUAAUUUUAUUAAGACUCAUUACUCAAAUCCUAUUAUUCACAUGACUGAGAACGGCGUAGCUGAAAAACUUCACUGUGCUGAACUUUGCGAUGAAUGGAGAAUAGAGUAUCAUAAAAGCUACAUAAAUGAAAUGCUGAAAGCAAUUAAAGAUGGUGUUAAUGUGAAAUCAUACACUGCCUGGUCACUGCUGGACAAGUUUGAAUGGGAUGAAGGUUUCUCUGAAAGAUUUGGACUAUACUAUGUUGAUUUUAAAACAAAGAACAGACCUCGAUAUCCAAAAGCCUCAGUCCAGUACUAUAAGAAGGUCAUCAGUGCCAAUGGAUUUCCAAGUAAGAAAGAGGUUGAAUCCUGGCACAGAAAAUCCAUAGAGACUUGUUCUACUGCAAAUCAGCUUCUGGCAGCUGAUCCCCUGACUACUCACAUGGAAAUGGUAACAGAAAUUGUUAUCCCAACUGUAUGCACUUUGUGCAUACUUCUGAGUGCUGUACUGUUAAUGUUUCUCCUUCGAAGGCACAGCUGAAAUCUAAAUACAUGCGUUUUAAGAGGAUGUGAUGGUGCAAAUAUCUGCGCUACACUGGGACUAGGCUUAUUGAUCUUUUUAAAUAAGAAUUGCUAAACUCUGAUCAACUGUUCUCAAGCUUCCUAGUCUGUGUUUAAACCUUCAAAUUGCAGCAACAAUACUGUCAAUGACCCAUAAACCCGUUUAGUAACAAAAUUCUGCAAGACUGACAUGCUGGCAGAUUCUGAAUGUAAGCUUUGUAUAAUACCUUCUGUUUACUGCAUGAACACUAACAUAGUACA